UGUAAAAAUAAAGGCUGGCCGGCAGCCAGGAAGUGUAUAAUCCUGGCCGGUUGGUGGCAAAUUUCGCCAGAUCGCGGCGAAGAGGCAGCACGUCCGUCCGUCCGUCGGUCGGCCGGUCGGCGGCGGCGGAGCGGCGCGGAGUGGCGCGGAGGGGGCGCGCCCCUCGCCGCCCCCCGCUCCGCGGCCCGGCGGGGGUGAGUGCGGGAGGCGCUGCCGGGCGCCGGGCUCCGCUCGGAGAGGGCUGCGCGGCCGCGGGGGUUUCGGCGGCGGCCGGGCGCAUCUGCCCCUGCCCGCGGAGGCGCCGGGGCUGGCAGCGAUGCUGGCACCCGUAGGGCGACAUUGGCGGCGCGAAGGGGAUGUUUACCGGGGGGCGGCUUGCGGAAGGGAGCGGGCUGAGCCGGGUCCCUUCGCCCGGCAGUGCCUCCGAAGCGAAGCGCAGGCAUAAAACCUGGACAAGCAAGAUCAUCGUGAUUGAUUGACCUGUCACAUAGCGUGCAGAGUGCUGAGAGAUUCCCUCAGAAGGACUGCUUCUGUUCCUUCACCGCCUUGCGAUGCAUAUCCAUGUCACAACCUGAUGCUGUGAAGAACUGCUAGUCCAAGGCUGACUCUCCGUUUUUGCUGCAGUCUCAGUCCUUAGGUUUGAAGACUCGUUGACAUCACUGAGAUUGACUCUUGGACCUUCAAGAGAAGAGACUUUCUGACGGCCCUGCUCCAACUCCACCUGGCCCUAUGACUGGAGGGUUCACCGUAGCUCCGUUAUUUGCUCUCCAGAUCCACAAGAUGGGUUCGUUCAGAAGGCCCCGACCUCGCUUCAUGAGCUCCCCAGUCCUCAGUGACCUGCCGCGGUUCCAGGCAGCUCGGCAGGCCCUGCAGCUCAGCUCCAACUCUGCCUGGAACAGUGUUCAAACAGCAGUGAUAAAUGUGUUCAAAGGGGGAGGCUUGCAGAGCAAUGAACUUUACACCCUCAAUGAAAAUAUCAGACGGCUGCUGAAGAGUGAACUUGGAUCCUUCAUCACAGAUUACUUUCAGAACCAGCUCCUUGUGAAAGGCUUGCUGUUUCUAGAGGAGAAGGUUAAACUGUGUGAAGGUGAGGAUCGCAUUGAUGUCCUGGCUGAAAUCUGGGAUCACUAUUUUACAGAGACGCUUCCUACACUCCAGGCAAUAUUCUACCCAGUCCAGGGUCAGGAGUUGACUAUCCGUCAGAUUGCUCUUCUUGGCUUCAGAGACUUGGUCUUGCUAAAAGUAAAGUUGGAAGAAAUUCUUCCUCUGGUCCGGACAAAGCUCCCAGCUUCCAUUGUCCAGAUGCUGUUAAUUCUGCAGAGUGUCCAUGAGCCUACUGGCCCCAGUGAGGGAUACCUACAGCUGGAAGAACUGGUCAAGCAGGUGGUAUCACCGUACUUGGGUUUGUGUGAGGAUCACAGCUUCUCCGGUAGCACCUGCUUGCUUGAGAGAAGGUACUCCAGAUCCCGUCCUAAGACCGGUGUACUGAAUUAUUCAUCUCACGCGACGACGAGCCGGCAGCCCAGCGAGAUGGCCCUGACCCCACUGACAGAGCAGGAGGGUGAGGCUUACCUGGAGAAAUGUGGUAGCAUCCGUCGCCACACUGUUGCCAAUGCUCACUCAGAUAUUCAGCUCCUGGCAAUGGCCUCCAUGAUGCACACAGGGAUGGUGAUCGAGGAGUCAGACAGUACAGACAAAUGCCUCCUCCUGCAGCCCAGUUUUAGCCACAGGCAAUGCUCCAGUGAGCCCAGUAUUGCCGAUGGGCCAGAGGGAGUCACGGCAGCAAGUAGGCAGGACCCUGCAGAGCUGAACUGCACGUCGGUCAGCUAGAAGAAAUCUUGCUGAGGACAGGAGAACUGUAUGCACUAAGCUGGACAAAGUGUCAUGUCAUCCCUGCUGGUGAAAAAGAGAAAAAAUUGAGUUUUGCUCAUGUCGUUGAAAUGGCCUUGUGUCUCUUUGGGAAUGCUCUCUAGAUUUGUGUUUCUUGCCUGUCUGGGAUCAUUGUUGGUGGAGGUACCGGGCUGCUCCCAAAUGAGCACUGAGGGCUGCAAGGGUUUCGCUGUUGAACAGCGUAGUCUACCUUCAUUAAGCUUUUUUCCUCUACUAGUCCAAACCCUUUGGCCUCAGGUUUCCUUCUGUUUCUUUGGUAUAAUACAAAUUAGCCUCUUUCUGCUUUUUUCCAUCUUUCCCAGCUUUGUGCUGCUUGUUUGCUCUUUGUUCCUGCGGCAGAGACCCCUGUGCUAAAUGUUCUCUUUGCUUCUGGUGCUACAAUGGUGACGGCUGAGGACCGCAUUUCUCUCUUUUAAAGUUGAACUCAGGGAUGAAACCAUUUGCGUCCUGCAGAAAGAUCUGCUCAGGUGACUGGUGAGAGAAGAUGAUCUUUCACUUUGCCUCCCAUCGGCAUGGAUGAAAUGUCCAAAUCCAAACAAAUCAGUCUUUUCCCCCCCCCCCAGACCUGAAGGGAACUGGGUAUACAUGGAGUCUUAGCUUAGUACUUCAUAUGUACUUUAUUUGGUUGCAGCCAUAUCUCUGGGGAUAGUGCUGUAAAUUGGGUGCAAAGGAGGGGCGGGUGUGUAAAUUGGGGGCAAAAUACAGUCCUGAGCAUCCUGGCGUUUGGCAGCAAUUUGUUUUCAAAAUUUCAGUGGUGGUAGGGCUACAAGGAAAGGAGAAAUCUAAAUUGCUUUCCUUUGGGAAGGAGACGCUAGGCAGAGACUGCACUCAUGAAGGAGACAUCAAGGUGCUUCUCAGCACUGGGCCACUGGUUCCAGACCAGGAGGUGACAAACAGAAUUUAAUCCUUGGGCUGCUCUGGUACUUUUAGCACUUGCACAUUUCAUGAGACCAAAGAUAACCAGCGGGGUGUAGAAAGGAGUCCUGUCUUGGUAGUGUAUUCGUGAAGUGCUCCUGACCUCCAGUGGUAUCUGACUCAGUGCAGUGUUUCUUUUAAGAUAAAGUGAGGGCUUUUUGCAGUCUCUGUUUUUGUUUUUAUUUUGAAGAUUACGAGUGGGUCCAGUUUGCAAGUGUCCGUGUCAGGCACUGCAGUACACACAGUCUGCUUUGUAGCAUCGCGUGCUACUCAAAUAAUGCUUCUGUGGGAAAACCAAUCUGUUCGAGCAGUCCCCUGGGAUACUCUGCUGAUGUCUUGCUAAGCAGAUUUGCAAGUGUAAUUACAGGCUUAGAAGGGAACUGAAAUGCUGCCUUAAAUGUCAAAUCCCAUUAAAAAUAUGGUUAUAAUACCACUGCCACUCAA